AUGAUUACGGAGCUGCAAACUGGUGUGAGAAAAAAUCCACAGGAGUUCACAGGACUGUAUUUAAUGUCAUGCUUUUCAUCUACCUAUAUCCAACAUUCAGAUGUAUCCCAGAGCCGGCUGGAAAACCCGAAGACACAAAUCAGGCAUGCACAGGUUACUGACGUUUCUCAGACCCAUCUGAGUGAUGAUUGGGAAGUUACAUAUGAGAAUGUGAGAAGACCGGUUGCACAGGAGGAACACGUGACUUCUUCAUUUAAGAGAGAUGUACAGAAUUUCUUUGCUGCUCUGGCUAAAUAUUCUACAGUGUUUUUGCUGCUCGUUUGCCUCCUGUUGCUUGCGGCGACCAUCGGGUUAGCUGUGCACUUGUCCAGAGUGUCGGAGCAGCAUGACAGCAGCACAGCGAAGUUACAGCAGCUGCAGGAGGAACAUGACGCCCUGGACUACAGUUUAACCAGUGACAUCCAGAUGAAACAGGCGACUUUACAGGAGAUUCAGCAAACCCUGAGAAAAACCACAGAGGAACACGAGAGAACAAAGUCCUUACUGAGUAGCACUGAGGGGGAAUUAUACAGAAAAGAACAAUCACUGGAAAAAACAGCUAAGGAGAAAGCAAACCUAGAGGAUAAAUUACAAAGAAACGAAAAUGACCUCAAGGAUGCAAACAAACAACUGACAGAAAAAAAUACUCAGUUAUACAGCUGUGAGAGUGACCGGAAAAAUUUAAAUUUAGCAAAACAGCGCUCAGACAAGGAUCUCAGAAGUACAAAAUCAUCUCUUUCUGACACAAAUACACAGUUAAAGGCUACAAAGGACAACCUGACUAAAAAAGACACUGAAUUAUCUGAUACAAAAAAGAAACUGUCACAAACCCAACUUGAGCUGAAAGAAAGCAAGCGACUGUCGGGCUUGUGUGAUCAGGAUCGGUCGGCCAUGAGCCUGCGUUUAAGGAAUGCCCAGAAGUGUCUUAGCCUACACUGUAAGUACCAGCAGGAUUAUGCUGUUCUGGAGGCUCCUAAAGCUGCACACAGGUCCUCUAUGGGUGUUUUAGAGUGA